CUUAACCUUACACAAUCGAAAUUAUUAUUAUUGCGUUUAUGGCCGCGCGUAAAAGUUCGAAAGUUCAAGCAAUUGUUAUUAAGAAAGAUUUAAUUAAAUCGAGAAUCACUUUAUAUCAUUCGAAAUAUCAGUCGCGUAUAAGAUAAAAGAUACGUUGACAUGAAAUGCAUCAUACCUGGCGGAAAUGUCAAAAUCUUGGCAAGGGCAAUACAUAUGCUGGCGAGAAUUGGAGAUGAAAUGUAUGUAAUUCCACAACAAGAGGCUAUUUCUUUUCGCACAGUCAACAUGGCAAAAUCGGCAUAUUCUGACUUCAUAUUUCACAAAAAUUUCUUCUCUUAUUAUGCUCUUGGAGAUCUCUUGGAAGAAGAAGCACAGAGGUGUAAAAUUUCAAUGAGGAGUGCAAUGACAAUCUUCAAAUCUGCACAUACAUUAGACAAGCAAGUGGAGACUUGUCAUAUUCUUUUAGAGGUAAAUGCUAGCAAUCUUGUGUUUAUCCUGAAAUACAAAAAUGGUAUCAACAAGGCCUACUUGUCACCUAUUUUGGAUUCUGACAAGUUGCAAGCAUCAUACAGUACAACUGGUAUGCCUAAUCAACUGACAUCACGGGCUCGAAUAUUAAUGGAUGCUCUGCAAAAUUUUCCACAAAAUCAGAUUGAAAUAACGCUUGAAGUAACGCCACACAAGCUGCUACUUAGGAAUUAUGUAGAUGAUGCAUCAGUCAUGGUAAAUACUACACGCACCCAGCUGGCACUUGGAAUCGGGGAAUUUGAUCGCUAUACAAUUGGCAAUGAAACAAGCAUCACAUUCUGCUUAAAAGAAUUCAGAGCUUCACUCAUUUUCAGCGAAAGCGUGGGUAUUCCAAUCACUGCAAAUUUUGAAACAGCAGGAAGACCAAUAUUGCUUACCCUGAAGAGUCAAGCUUUCGAAACAAAUUUAUUAUUAUCAACUUUGAUCUUAGAUUGUGAUAGCCAGUCAGACACAUCUGUCGUUAGGAAUAUACAAUCUGUUCGAAAAAAAAACACUUCUUCGAGGAGUACGUCCAGAGGCACUAACAAAUCUUCGAGUCGAAUAAAGAAAUCUGACAAAUCUAAAGUCAAUGAUACGUCGAAGAAAAGAGUAACAAAAGAGAAAAAUCAAGUAGACAAAAUAUUCAACCAAAAUAAGAAUGCUGCGAAUGUUGUUUCAGCGAAAGAAAAUAAUUCUGUAAACGACGUUCGAGAAAAAAGUUUGCAUAUAUCAGAACAGAAUCAUCGUUCUGUUACGUUCAAUCCUACCAGCACAUCUUCAACGACUGGCAGUAAAAUUUCAGAGAAUAAGCGGAAAUUGAUAAAUUCAGUAUUCUCCAAUAUUACAAAAAGGAAAUCAACUAGUGAGGAAGAGAACGACAACAAUAAAGUAGAAGUUGUAAGAGAUUGCAUAGCCCUGGAUGAGAGUGUACCGAGAUCACCGUCACGGCAAGUGACCAAGAGAGCAAGAUUAGUAUUCCAGAAAUGUUUUCAGGAUACUUUUGACCCACGAAUGUUACCUGGUCAUAAUACUAUCUUAGUAGAGGAUUCCGAUGAGAAUAAUAGUGAUUAAAUAUUAUGUCAUGAGAUUUCUAAUGAACGUUUCUAAUGUCACAAGGGAAAUAGAAUCAAAUUGUUUAAUAGUCAAAUACUGUUUAAUGUCAUGACAAAUUUUUAGGAAAAUUAAGACAAUUUUUAAUUUAAAUUAUUUAUCAGUUUGAAUAAUA